AUGGCUAUGCUGGCGUCAAAGUCAUCAUUUCCGGCCGGGCUCGGUGCCGCCCCUCUCGCUCCUGCUCCCCCUCAGCCGGCAAUGGUUCCGCCUCCACGAAGAGCUCCGACGAUGCCCACGGCAGGUGCUUACGGCAGCCCAACCGAGUCCGAAUUCUCCGAACACGAUCCCUCCGAAUCCGUCAAGAACUGGGACGAAGACAAGGUGUGCGAGUAUCUCCGAAGUGUCAAGUGCGGCGAGUAUGAGAAGAUCUUUCGAAAGAACCACAUCAAUGGCGAGAACCUCCUAGAAAUGGACAAGGAAGUCCUCAAGGAAAUGGGCGUCGAGAAAGUCGGCGACCGCGUCCGGCUCUUUCUCAGCAUUAAGAAGCUGAGGACUAGAGCAUAUGCCAACGAAAAGAAGCGGAAUCGGGACUCCUUCGGUGGCCUCGAUAUUCACAUUACCGCUCCUGGUGGCUCGCCCCGGCCACCAAACACCUCCCGAAUGGUGCCCACGUCAGCCACCAACAAGAGAUUCUCAAGACAGAUUGACCCCUAUGGUGGCCUGGACAGUGGCAAGAGCAGCUCCCGACCCAACUCUCCCCUCCCUGGCACCGAGAUUCGGACUAUGCGGGUGCGAGGGAAGCCUUAUGCUACCAGCCCGGUGAACAUGCAGGGGCAGAGGAUAACGGCUUCAACCCCGGGUGAUCCGGCAAACCGUCUGGUAACGACCCAUACCAGGAAUAAUUCCAGUAUGGACGGUUCGCUGAUGGCUGCCUUACCACAGAAUCAAGAAGUUAUCCGCGUCAUCUCAACUGGCGGCGUCACCAAGGUGGUCAAGAUAGCCGACUGCAAUACUUGCGAGGAGGUGAUGCGAGUGACGCUCCGGAAGUUUGCUCUGCGCGAGGACCACGAAAGGAACUACUGCUUCUGGGUCCUGGCUGGCAUUGACCCUGAUCCGAGCCAGACUCGACGACUUGGCGACACGGAACUAUGGCGCAUCAUCAAGGACCAGCGACGCCCGGAGCGGAAUCGACUGAUCCUGCGAAGGGUCCCGGCGGGUGAGCCAGGCGAGGCAGAGUUGCAGCGGGCUGCGGCCAUCGCCAUGGAGGAGGAGCAGCAGAAGCACGCCCGCGCUCUCGAGACAGUCGACAAGCGAAGUCAACUCAAGGUUCAGAAGAUGCUUGGAGAGAAGUGGAACGACCAGCUUCAGUCCCCGCUCUCACCUAUUUCUUACCAAGACCGCGAGCGAAACCUGCACAAUGCAGCCAAGGAUCUAGAGCGACCUCUUUCAGUUGCCGAACAACGGCCAGAACGGCGCAUGCCUGGGGCACUCCGCCAAUUCGGCGGACUUCGUCCUCCUAGCGAGCUGAUUGCAUCUGACCUGACGUCCUAUUUCCCUGAUCAUACCAGAGAGGACAUUGACCGCACGGCCCGGCUUUCUAUGAGACGGUCGACUCGGUUGAGCAAGGUCAAUAGUCGGCUCAGUGUGGCUAGCAACCUCAGCUUUGCCUCUAGUAUUCAGGAUGCACCCCCCAUCCCAACCAUUGCUGACUCGUGGCUCAACGCCAACUCACAACUGGCCAAGAUCAAACCCCGCGAUUCGCACAUCCGACCCCCUCAGAAUGCGUAUAACCGCGACUCGGUGACCUCGUCUAUGCUCGACACGCUUCAGGAGGAAUCGCCGAUAGAGCCAAACCGCAAGUCGUAUGUGUCAUUCACCGAGAGCAGCUCUGACUCGGCCGCUCUGAGCGUGACCGACCCAGAAGGCAACACGACAACGACAAGCUACUACGACGGAGAUAACUCGACGGGAUCUGGCUCUUUCCAGGAGCUACAACAAGCUCUGACAAAUGAUGGCGAUGAUGUCGACGAGGAGCUGCAGAGCUUCUUGGCGGGCGAGUCAUGGGGCGAUGACAAGUGGAUGAAGGGCGCGCUUAUCGGCCAAGGAUCGUUUGGCAGCGUGUACCUGGCUCUGCAUGCUGUGACUGGUGAGCUUCUUGCCGUCAAGCAGGUCGAGACUCCUGCCCCUGGCGCCAACAGCCAGGGCGACAACCGCAAGAAGAGCAUGAUUGAAGCGCUCAAGCGAGAGAUUAGUCUGCUCCGCGAUCUUCGACAUCCCAAUAUCGUGCAGUAUCUGGGCUGCAGCUCGUCUGCGGACUACCUCAACAUUUUCCUCGAGUACGUUCCUGGUGGUUCGGUGCAGACCAUGCUCAACUCAUAUGGAGCUCUGCCGGAGCCGCUGGUACGAAGCUUUGUUCGACAGAUCCUGACGGGUCUCUCGUACUUGCACAACCGAGAUAUCAUCCACCGCGACAUCAAGGGAGCCAAUAUCCUCGUGGACAAUAAGGGAACCAUCAAGAUUUCGGAUUUUGGCAUCUCGAAGAAGCUGGAGGCAUCCAACAUUCUGAGUGGGGCGAAUAAUAACAAGCAUCGGCCGUCACUUCAGGGGUCCGUUUUCUGGAUGGCCCCUGAAGUUGUCAAGCAGACAUCAUACACCCGCAAGGCAGACAUUUGGUCACUGGGCUGCCUCGUGGUGGAGAUGAUGACUGGCAGUCACCCUUUCCCCGACUGCAGUCAGCUCCAGGCCAUCUUCAAGAUCGGAGGUGGCAAGGCGGCGCCUACGAUCCCCGAACACGCUAGCGAGGAGGCUAAGGAGUUCCUCGGACAGACGUUUGAGAUCGACCACAACCUGCGGCCGAGCGCGGAUCAGCUGAUACUGAGCCCGUUCUUGGUCCCCAUCACCUAA